AUGUUUGCAUGUUUGGAAAAAUUUUCUGAAGAAAACAAUAUAAAGCUCGAAGAAGAAAUUAAAACCAAAAUCUUGAUGCAUCUUACAAACCUUAAGCAAGACUUGGAAAUAAGAUUCCAAGAUACGUCACACGGCGACCAAUGGAUAAUUAAUCCAUUCACUUGUGAUCUUAACACUGUGAAGAUGAACUUAAAAGAAAAGGAGCAGCUGAUCGAUUUAAUGUCCGAUGAAAGUCUUCGAUCUAUUUUCAAAACCACGGAUCUAUCCAAGUUCUGGAUAAGGACGGAAAAGGAAUAUCCACUGUUAUUCAAAACAUGUCUGCUGAAAUUGCUGCCAUUUGCAUCUACAUAA